UUUGUGCGGAAAUCGUAGGUAGAGAUGAGGGGUGGUUAAUGGGGAAUGGCGUGGGUAGGCUGCGUGUCUGCGAUCGCACAAGUGCCAGAAUGUUCGGAUGUAUACCAGUACGUCCGUUGAACAGCAACGUGAUAAAAUCCCUUUUGUUUUUAUCUUGACUUGAGGUUGCGAAGGCCAAUCGAUACAAGCACAAAUGAUUGAGCCAUAAUCCAUCCAUCCGUCCGGCCGAUUCCAAGCAGGCGGUCCGAGUUGGAGAACAAUUUGUUGCCACCUCCAUCUCACUCGCCUCGCAUCUCCUGAUCUCCAGAUCAGCUGCCCCGUGGGGCGCCUCCAAUCCAAUCAAGCACGGCAAACAUGUGGCUCCCCAGUCCCCCUCGCCGUGGUUGGUUUCUUGGUUUGUUCACUUCUUCUCUCGCUUGCCCCGCCGACUCGUCUCCUGUGGCCGCGCUGUCUUGUGAGGGUGUCUGACAGGGAGGCUUCCCGAGGGAUCCAGAUUGGUAGCCAGCGCUAGUCCACCGCCGGCGCCUCCCUUGACUCCGAGAUUCUUGCGAGGAACUGGAAGAGAUCUGCCCAUCCGUAUAUCUAUAAUCGGCGGAGGAAGACGCAUCACAUAAACGAGGUGGAAGGAAGCUCGGAGAAGGCAAGCGGACAAGGGGGAGUGGAGGUUCUGUCCGGGACCGGGAAGCGCCUCCGCCGGCGCGUCUGAAACUCCGGGUUGGUCUUCCCGUGCGCGAUCCUUGCAACGAAUCAAUCGCCGUGGUCGACCAAUUCAGCAUUCCAGUUCUCAGCCAUGGCCGUGGACACCACCGAACCAGAGUGCUGGCUCAACUGGAGGUUUUUGCUAUGCGCGCUCUGGGUGUACUCCUGCAUGGCUUUGGCAUGCUUCUUGAUUUGGAAGUACGAGGGGCCCAGUUCACGGGACAGCAAUGGCGAUGACGGCGGAGACAGAGAGGAGGCGCCGUCCCGGGCCGGACCUGGAGUUGUGUAUCUUGAAGAUUGCUGGAAGCCGUGCCUUGAGGAGAUCCACCCUGGCUGGUUGCUGGCAUUUCGCCUUGUGGCCUUCUUCAUUCUGGCUUCGAUUCUUUUGGUAGACAUCAUCACUGAUGGAUGGAGUAUCUUCCUAUACUACACACAGUGGACGUUCUUGCUUGUCACCUUAUAUUUUGGGCUUGGCUCGCUGCUUUCAAUUUAUGGAUGCUAUCAAUAUGCUUACAAGACCAGGGGAGAUGGAUCUGAUCUGAUAGGAUCUGGUGCAGAUCGUGGCUCAUAUAUCAUUGCUCCAACAGUGGAAAGUGCAUAUGACCAUGUAAUCAAAAGUCCUUGUUACAGUAAAACACAUGGAGGACAAGAAAUUGCAGGAUUUGGGGGUUACCUCUUCCAAAUUAUGUUUCAGACAAAUGCAGGUGCUGUGUUGAUUACGGAUCUGGUGUUCUGGCUUAUUUUGUACCCUUUCCUUGCCCACAAUGAAUAUGAGAUGAAUUUUAUUCUGAUCGGCACACAUUCAAUUAAUGUUGUCUUCCUAGUUGGUGAUGCUGCUCUAAACAAAUUGCAUUUCCCGUGGUUUAGGAUAGCAUAUUUCCUGCUGUGGACAGGCCUUUUUGUUAACGUUCAAUGGAUCAUCCAUGCUAACGUGUCAAUUUGGUGGCCUUACCCAUUUCUAGACCUGACAUUCCCCGCAGCACCUGUAUGGUACCUGGUGGUGGCAUUGCUGCACUUCCCGUGCUACGCUCUCUUCACCCUGGUCCUGAGGCUGAAGCAUUUUGUAUUGGUGAGCUGGUUCCCUCAAACUUAUGUUAAGUAAUCAAAUAGUGGUAGCUGGCUGUUCGUAUACAACCUCCUGGCUCCAGCGAAAUCAAGCCGGAUAUUCUGCUUACUCUCCACACCUCGAAAUCGCAUUGUUUACAAAGUAGAUUACACCUGUCGCUCGACAGGUUUCCCUCAAAGUGGACAUGUAAAUUGGCAAAGCAUGUUCCAAAAUUUUUGAGAUCAACAGCUUAUUCAAACCAGCUGUUGCCUCCAGCAUCACACCCAUUUCCCCAAUGGAGAUGUGUGUACAGUCCAUCAUAUACAUGCAUUUUUUCUUCAACAGCUUCCAUGACUCGUA